ACCUCCUCAUGAGGUAUCGCGAGAGACACAAGCUGUUUUCCCGCGUCCAAUUCAGGUUUACGGCCCAGCGGGCUCUCCCAGGACGCUGCUGAGACUUCUUGCGACUCUCGCCCCCUCUUGCGGGAUAGAAGACAGCCUCAGGCACGGUGAAUUUGGAAUCGAGUGAGUUUUCUGACAGACUCGAACACAACACCCAGAGGUACUUGGAGAGAAACCUGGUCCCAGAGGAGCUCUACUGGCCAUAAAAAUGAGUCCUGCAGAUGCACUUGUUGAUGAAAAUACAUUUAAAAUCUUAGUUGCAACUGAUAUUCAUCUUGGAUUUAUGGAGAAAGAUGCAGUGAGAGGAAAUGAUACAUUUGUCACACUUGAUGAAAUUUUAAAACUUGCUCAGGAAAGUGAAGUAGAUUUUAUUUUGUUAGGUGGUGAUCUUUUCCAUGAAAAUAAACCUUCAAGAAAAACAUUACAUUCUUGCCUGGAGUUAUUUAGAAAAUAUUGUAUGGGUGAUCGUCCAGUACAGUUUGAAAUCAUCAGCGAUCAGUCAGUCAACUUUGGUUUUAGUAAGUUUCCAUGGGUGAACUACCAAGAUGGCAAUCUCAACAUUUCAAUUCCAGUGUUUAGUAUUCAUGGGAAUCAUGAUGAUCCCACUGGGGCAGAUGCACUCUGUGCCCUGGAUAUUUUAAGUUGUGCUGGAUUUAUAAAUCACUUUGGACGUUCAAUGUCUGUUGAGAAGAUAGAUAUUAGUCCAGUUUUGCUUCAAAAAGGAAGCACAAAAAUUGCUCUCUAUGGUUUAGGAUCCAUUCCAGAUGAAAGGCUCUAUCGAAUGUUUGUCAAUAAAAAAGUAACAAUGUUGAGACCAAAAGAAGAUGAGAGCUCUUGGUUUAACUUAUUUGUGAUUCAUCAGAACAGGAGUAAACAUGGAAGUACUAACUUCAUUCCAGAACAAUUUUUGGAUGACUUCAUCGAUCUUGUUAUCUGGGGCCAUGAGCAUGAGUGUAAAAUAGCUCCGACCAAAAAUGAACAACAACUCUUUUACGUAUCACAGCCUGGAAGCUCAGUGGUUACUUCUCUUUCUCCAGGAGAAGCUGUGAAGAAACAUGUUGGUUUGCUGCAUAUUAAAGGGAGGAAGAUGAAUAUGCAGAAAAUUCCUCUUCAAACAGUACGACCAUUUUUUAUGGAAGAUGUUGUUCUGGCUAAUCAUCCAAACAUUUUUAACCCAGAUAAUCCCAAAGUAACUCAAGCCAUACAAAGCUUCUGUCUGGAGAAGAUUGAAGAAAUGCUUGAAAAUGCUGAACGAGAACGUUUGGGAAAUUCUCAACAGCCAGAGAAGCCUCUUCUACGAUUGCGAGUGGACUAUAGUGGAGGCUUUGAACCUUUCAACAUUCAUCGUUUUAGCCAGAAAUUUGUGGAUCGGGUAGCUAAUCCAAAAGAUAUUAUCCAUUUUUUCAGGCAUAGAGAACAAAAGGAAAAAACAGGAGAAGAGAUCAACUUUGGGAAGCUUAUCACAAAACCUUCAGAAGGAACAACUCUUAGGGUAGAAGACCUUGUAAAACAAUAUUUUCAAACUGCAGAGAAGAAUGUUCAGCUCUCACUGCUAACAGAAAGAGGGAUGGGUGAAGCAGUACAAGAAUUUGUAGAUAAGGAAGAAAAAGAUGCCAUUGAGGAAUUAGUGAAAUAUCAAUUGGAGAAAACACAGAGAUUUCUUAAAGAACGUCAUAUCGAUGCCUUAGAAGAUAAAAUUGAUGAAGAGGUACGCCGUUUCAGAGAAAGCAGGCAAAAAAAUACCAGUGAAGAAGAUGAUGAAGUUCGAGAGGCUAUGAGUAGGGCCCGAGCGCUCAGAUCCCAGUCAGAGGACUCUGCUUCUGCCUUCAGUGCUGAUGACCUCAUGAGUAUGGAUCUUGCGGAACAGAUGGCAAAUGACUCUGAUGACAGCAUCUCCACAGCACCCAGCAGAGGGAGGGGGCGAGGCCGAGGGCAAAGAGGAGGCAGAGGGCAGAACUUGGCCCCCCGAGGAGGCUCUCAGAGAGGCAGAGCAGGCACUGGCCUGAAUACCUUUACUCGAAGCAGGAGCUCAAGGACCACUGUGUCAACAUCCAGAAAUAUGUCUAUCUUAGAUGCUUUUAAAUCUUCAAGACAGCAGCCCUCCCGCAACGUUGCUACUAAGAAUUAUUCAGAGGUGAUUGAGGUAGAUGAAUCAGAUGAGGAAGAAGACAUUUUUCCUACCACUUCAAAGACAGAUCAAAGGUGGUCAAGCAUAUCAGCUAGCAAACCCACGUCCCAGAGCCAAAUAGCUAAGGGGAUUGAUUUUGAAUCAGAAGAGGAAGAUGAUGAUGAUCCUUUUAUGAGCAUUAAUUCUUUAAGAAGAAACAGAAGAUAAUAUAUUUAAUGAAACUUCCAGAUUUCCAAGAUACAGGAAAAACUGAAACAUUGCAAGCUAAGAGUUUACCAUUGAGGAUUUUUAAAUUAUUGCUCUUAACUGAAGAAUUUGAAGAAGACUUACUUAACAGAA